AUGAUCGCCUCAAGGGCAACUCCCUCAGUCUCAACCUUUGUAGGACCCCCAUCGACUACCUUACGUGCAACCAACUUCGAUGGGAGAACAAUAUUCUUACGACGAAAACCUAUAAACACGGCUCGACGGAAACUCGCAGCCGCUACUCAGACACGUCAAGUUGGAACUUUACUGGAUGUACCUUUCCAUAGGUUGUUAAGCGAGAUUUCUGAGGAUAAAGCUAAAGAACUCAGUCGCGAAACGUGGGUCUCCCUGCGUCCACAAUCAGGUCAUGCAUCCUUUAACUCUGCUGGAGCCGACGAUUCUCUAUGGGUUGACCGAUAUCGUCCAAAAACUUUUACGGAUUUGAUGGGCAAUGAUCGCGUCGCGCGAGAAGCAAUGGAAUGGCUUAAACAGUGGGAUAAAUGUGUCUUUGGAAAGAGUAGUAAAGGUAAGAAAAGGAAAAGGGAUGAUGAAGAGGAGAACUUCGACAUGAAUGACCCACAUCAAAGACCCAAGCAGAGGAUACUCCUGGUAUCUGGACCUCCCGGUCUGGGGAAAACGACACUUGCACAUGUUAUCGCGAAACAAGCUGGCUAUGAAGUGAUGGAGAUUAACGCUAGUGAUGCGCGGUCGGGUCAAAUAGUAGACGAUCGUAUACGGCCGACGCUAGAAACUGGAUACACUGUGAAAAGCAGCAAACCUGUACUCGUCAUUAUAGACGAAAUUGAUGGUGCCACAGGUGCUGGAGACAACUCUAGCAACUUUAUACACAAACUGGUGCAACUCACACAUGACAAGCCACGGAAGAAGAGUGCGUCUUUUGUACCCUUAUUCCACGAGGAUAAGAGGACCAUUCUCCGGCCCAUCAUUUGCAUAUGCAACGACAUCAAUGCGUCAUCUCUGGCAAAACUACGUCCCAUUGCAUGUCAGCUCCGCUUUCAGAAGCCGGCAGAUGUGCACACAGUCAGACGCUUACGAGAAAUUUGUGCUAUUGAAGGCUUGAAGGCGGAGACGCGAGCACUUUCGACAUUGGUAGCUGUUGCCAAAGGUGAUCUUAGAGGCUGUCUGAAUACUCUUCAGUUCAUCAAGUCAAGAGACGCAGAGGUUACCGAGGCUGUCGUGCGGAGGUCAACGAAAGGGAUGAAAGAGGCGGACAACUCCAUCAUAUCAGCGCUCAAUAGUCUAUUCAUUCCCUUGUCAAAAAAGCGUGCCAAAGAAUUGGGCCUGAACGACGAAGGAGAGUCGCGCUACGUCAGUCGUAUCAGUCAAGAGAUAGAUUCAUGCGGCAAGGACAGCGCGAUCGCUAUUGGCUGCUUUUCACACUACGCCACACUUCGACGCCAUGAUGCUAAUUUCUCGAGAUACGAAAAGGCCAACGAGUGGCUUAUGACGUUUGAUGUACUCUCCACUGCGAUGUACAACGAUGGCGAUUUUGCGCUAAGCCCUUACCUGACGUAUUCCCUUGUGCCGUUCUAUCCACUGUUCCAGGAGCGUGGCGCUCCAAAGGUCGAACGAGGACAAGAAGAUUGGGAGAACCUUCAACUGACCAAGUCCAACGAGGAGAUUUACAAGUCCCUCACCCGGGGUCUUCAAGUAGCUAGUACACGACAAAGGGGUGAUUUUAGGCAUCUCGGAAACUGGCCUAUAUUGCAACUUGAGUUUGCGCCGUACAUCAACCGAAUUAUCUCGCCGCAGCUUAGACCGAUUAAUGGGCAACAUCUGCGAGUAGAUGAACGGCCUCUGAUGUCUCGUUUAGUCGAUAUAAUGACUAAUCUGGAACUACGUUUCGUCCAAGAACGCGCAGAAGAUGGUCAGCUGACGUAUCGUCUAGAUCCACCGGUAGAUGUCUUCAUCACUUACGACGGGAAGCGAGCGUCCGACAUUGCUAUUUCAAGAUAUGCGGUAAGGCAUUUAAUUGCCCAAGAGGUCGAUGCGCGACUCACUUCUCGUCAAGAAGACGUCGUUGAUCGAGGACAAUCAGGCAAGCACGCCCACCUUUUCGGCGGGAAUAAGAAGGGCAAAACUACAGCAGCAUCUGUCGAAGAAGCUGAGGAUGAUUCAUUCAACCCUUCUCCCGGAAAGCGUCCCCGUAAAGACCUGUCUGCUAACAUCGAUAUUGCUGAUAGGCCGCCUACAGACUUUUUCGGUCGUCCUAUCCAGCCUACUGCUGCCGGCAAAAAGCCUCAAUCAAGUGCUCGCGGAUUCAACCCCUUGAAAUCCAGUAGUACGCCGAAGUUCAACGUGGCGUACAAGUUCAAAGAGGGAAACUCAGCUGCAGUACGGAAGCCGGUCAAAGUCUCCAUUUUUCUUUAG